AUGUGUGACGAAGCACGCAUUGGGCGGGUGCUUGGACGUGCGCUGAUGCAGGAGUCGGUGUAUGUCGAAGCCGCUAGUAUUCGGCGGUGGGCUGACGGGUGCGUGCGCGCGCGUGUGCCGCAGCUGGAGGCCGACGCGGCGGACGAGCGGUCGGCGACGGUGCAGCUGCGGGUGCCGGUGGCGGUGGACGGCGACGACGGCGUCUUCUACGUGUGCGUCAUGGAGCCCCUGGACGAGGCCCAGGCGGCGCCGGCGGCCGUGGCGGCGCCGGCGCCCGCGCCCGCGUCGGGGGAGGCGGCGGAGGGCGAGGCGGCCGAGCGCUGGCUGCACCAGGGCAACGCCCCCUGGCUCGCCAUCCGCUCCUACGAGAAGCUGCUGCCCACCUGGCUCUCCAUCACCAUCAUCGUCGUCUGCCUCACCUUCUCCGCGCUCUUCUCCGGGCUCAACCUCGGCCUCAUGUCCAUGGACCAGACCGACCUCAAGAUCGUCGCCAACACGGGCUCCGAGCAGGAGCGCCGCUACGCGCAGGCCAUCAUGCCCGUGCGCAAGAUGGGCAACUACCUGCUGUGCAGCAUCCUGCUGGGCAACGUGCUCGUCAACUCCACCUUCACCAUCCUGCUGGACGACCUGACGUCGGGGCUGGUGGCCAUCGUGGGCUCGACGCUCGCCAUCGUCGUCUUCGGCGAGAUCUCGCCGCAGGCGGUGUGCUCUCGCCACGGGCUGGCCGUCGGCGCCAAGACCAUCUACAUCACCAAGAUGGUCAUGCUCAUCACCUUCCCGCUCUCCUACCCCAUCAGCAAGCUGCUGGACCGGCUGCUCGGCGUGGAGCUCGGCAACGUCUACAACCGGGAGCGCCUCAAAGAACUGGUAAAGCCACGUGAUGCUGAACAACUGUAUUAUAAGCUCAUCAGACAGAGAGCUGAUUAUAAGCUCAUCAGAAGAACAGAGUUGUAA